CUAUCGAUUUGCUCUGUGCUCCGCAGCUUUUUCUGGUUGCGGGCAGCCAUCUUGCCUGGAGCUUGAGACAGGGAGAAGAGAGACAAGGAACGGGUGACACUGGGCUCAGGGCUGCCCCGGGGGCCUCGAGAGCUAGGGGCAGCCUCGGAGGUGGUCCUGGGUGCUGGGCUAUGCUCUAGGACCAGAAAAGGGAAGGCGGAGGCUCCCGCAGGCAGACGCACCAUAGAAGGAAGCCAGGGAAUGGCCGCGGUGUGGCAACAAGUCUUAGCAGUGGACGCGAGUCUGUCAUCAUGCUAGACUGGUAUUCUAGUUGUCCCCAGAUUGACCCCACAGAGCUGCAUACUGACUAUGCUGUCCCCAGACUGAUCUUUUCAUCAUACCCAUUAUUACUGCAGAAUGACCCCCAUCACAGUACCAAGAGAAAAUCUCCUAUGCCACUGCUGAUCAGUCUUACCAUCCCAAUCACUGCCAAACACCUCAUUGCUCUACCCUAUUCUUCGAGCUGAUUUAUUCCCUCUGUCCUGUGCCUGCUGCCUGCCCUGCCUUCUGGAACCUACAGGUACAACGCCUACCGUACACCAACAUUUCCACAGUUUCGGACCCAGUAUAUCCGCCGACGCAGCCAGCUGCUGCGGGAGAAUGCCAAGGCUGGGCACCCCCCAGCACUGCGUCGGCAGUACUUGAGGCUACGGAGCCAGCUGUUGGGCCAGCGCUACGGGCCACUCUCUGAGCCGGGCAGUGCUCGUGCCUAUAGCAACAGCAUUGUCCGCAGCAGCCGCACUACCCUUGACCGAAUGGAGGACUUUGAAGAUGAUCCUCGAUCCCUGGGGGCCCGAGGACACCGACGUUCUGUUAGCCGAGGCUCCUACCAGCUGCAGGCACAAAUGAAUCGUGCAGUCUAUGAAGACAGGCCUCCUGGCAGUGUGGUACCCACAUCAGUGGCAGAGGCAAGUCGGGCCAUGGCUGGUGACACAUCGCUGAGUGAGAACUAUGCCUUUGCAGGCAUGUACCAUGUUUUUGACCAACAUGUGGAUGAGGCAGUCCCAAGGGUGCGCUUCGCCAAUGACGACCGGCACCGCCUGGCCUGCUGUUCACUGGAUGGCAGCAUCUCCCUGUGCCAGCUGGUGCCUGCCCCACCCACUGUGCUCCAUGUGCUACGGGGCCACACACGUGGUGUGUCCGACUUUGCCUGGUCCCUCUCCAAUGACAUCCUCGUGUCUACUUCUCUCGAUGCCACCAUGCGCAUCUGGGCCUCCGAGGAUGGCCGCUGCAUCCGUGAGAUCCCUGACCCUGAUGGCGCUGAACUGCUCUGCUGCACCUUCCAGCCAGUCAACAACAACCUCACUGUGGUAGGGAAUGCCAAGCACAAUGUGCAUGUCAUGAACAUCUCUACAGGCAAGAAAGUAAAGGGUGGUUCCAGCAAGCUGACAGGCCGCGUCCUCGGCCUGUCCUUUGACGCCCCUGGCCGGCUGCUCUGGGCAGGUGAUGAUCGCGGAAGUGUCUUCUCCUUUCUCUUUGACAUGGCCACAGGAAAGCUGACCAAAGCCAAGCGACUAGUAGUACAUGAGGGCAGCCCUGUAACCAGUAUCUCCGCCAGGUCCUGGGUUAGCCGUGAAGCACGGGACCCCUCGCUCCUCAUCAAUGCCUGCCUCAACAAACUGCUGCUCUACAGAGUGGUGGAUAAUGAAGGGACGCUGCAGCUGAAGAGAAGCUUCCCUAUUGAACAGAGCUCACACCCUGUGCGCAGUAUCUUCUGUCCCCUCAUGUCAUUCCGCCAGGGGGCGUGUGUGGUGACAGGCAGUGAGGAUAUGUGUGUUCACUUCUUUGAUGUGGAGCGGGCGGCCAAGGCUGCUGUCAACAAGCUGCAGGGCCACAGCGCACCUGUGCUGGAUGUCAGCUUCAACUGCGAUGAGAGUCUGUUGGCGUCUAGCGAUGCCAGUGGCAUGGUCAUCGUCUGGAGACGAGAGCAAAAGUAGGGCUCUGCCAGCCCUGCAUUGCCCUCCUCCCUCACUCCAGUCUUGUGUUGUAAAUAAAAUGUCUGUGGUCGUGUUGAGGGGCAACUCCCAGGUCUCCCACCAGGAGUCACUAGGGAGCACUGCAGUGUGUUCAUCCAUUCAACAAGCACUUCCUGAGUGUCUGCUGUCAUGUAUCACGUAGUCAUGCAGCCAGUAGACAGGAACGAAAGCACCAGCUGUGUUGUCAGGAACUGUUCUGGGAAGCAGGGGACAGCUGUGGUCUCAUCUGGCAGAAAUUUCUGCCCUUGUGGCCUCCCAUCCCAGUGGAGGCAAGUACCUGGUACAUAAAUGUACAGUCAUUCCUUGCUGUUCCAUUUGCUUUAUAAUUGUUCAACAUCAUGACCUUUUGACCUUCCGGUGGCACAGAACCACUACGACUCUUAUAUCCCCAGUCUUGUUUUCCUACUUUAAAUGUAAUGUUCAGUGAAUUACAUGUGCUAGUCAACACUUGGUUAUAAAAUAGACUUUGCAUUAGGUAAGUUUGCCUCUCUGUAGAAUAAUGUCAGUGUUGUAGGCACAUUUAAGGUGGGUGAGGGUCAGGUAGGGUGUCCGCUAUGUUAGGUACACUAAUGCAUUUUCAACAUAGGAUAGUCAAGACGGGUUUGUUGGGGUAUAAUCCUGUUUGAUGAAGAAGCAUCUGUAGAUAAUAGAAUACAUAAAGAUGAGUGGUGUGAAGAAAAAAAAAAGGGAGGAAAGAUGAGGUUGUAGGAACAGGAGGGUGCAGUAGCUUCUUGGGGCGAUGUCAUCAGGAAAAAUGUUCCUGACAGGAUGGGUGAAAUGAAGGAAGUCAUAGUGUGGGGAUAGAAGCACAUCCUUGACAGGAAGAAAGGUUAAUGCAGAGGCACUGUGCCCACAGUGUGUCAGAACAUGACUGGACUGUGUGGGAGAAAGACGAUAGACAGGUCUUUCAGGCUUCUUGGGCCAUAGCAAGGAGCUUGGCUUUUCUUGAGUGAGGGAGGUGGGAUGGGAUCAGUCAACGGUAAAGAAAUGUAGGUUGGGGAAUGUUAAGUUCAACCCUAGAGUUUCAUGAGAUUAGGUUGUAAAACUCCCCGCUGUGGCAGCUUCUGUCUGGAUGGACCCCACACUUGUCUGUGCAUUGAGAUGUAUCCCACAACCAGAGAGCAAAAGAGCUGAGUUCUUGGAGCAUUCAGGCAGCCAUGGACUCUUGGGCUGAGCUACAUGCAGCUCCUGCUGUGGGACGGAGGAAAUAGGAAAUCUCUAAGCUUACCUCUGUCUCCACCCAUGUAAAUACAGAGCCCUAGUUUCAGUCCUGGGUCAACUCAGAGACCAAAUGCUAAUGUUCAUUAUUGGGUAUUAGCAAGGAAAUAAAUUUCUAAAUAACUCUCUGGUUAGAACCAUGAAGAAGUUUCAAGGUUUGAAGAAUCACCAGGGGCUGUUACGGAUAACCUCCUAUAUGCUGCUACAUUUGCUCUCAUUGGAACUUUGGGAGCUCAGGGUCAUCAACCUGGUGAGCCAUGGGGCUAACAGCAGCACUUUGAGAAAAGAAGAUAACUACUCCCUGUUUGUUUAACCUGUUAACAGUGUGGUUGCUUGCAGCCAAAAGCAUUUCCGACUCUAUCAGCCAGAUCUUAGGCAAGUGGUUAUAAGAUGGGGAUAUUAUCAAGCUGGACUGGUCAUGUAGUUAAAAUCAUACAUGUGUGCCAACAUUCCUAAUCCCGCUUGAGGGACACUGAUUUUCUGUGAGGACUGGAAUUUAAUACAGCUGAAAGACACAGCUGAGGGGACCAGAUACCAAUUAAGUUUAAGAGACCCUCACAAGGAUAGCAGUUCAGACCUGUGUGUUAACUCUUUUCUGUACCAGAUAGAUACAUGGUUUCAAUCAAGGUCUGUAGGUAGCAAGAUAAUUUGGGCAAAUACCAGUUUUCUCUAACUUCCUUCUUUUCUUCACAUUUUCCACUUUCUUUUUGAGUCCAGUUUGGGGAUGAUUGAUGAUGAAUAUUGUUUGCAUGAUUUGGGGGGGUUCCUUCUUGUGAAAUUUUUUUGAGGUGACAGUUGACAUUCGACUUUAAAUUCAUCUUGGUGAUACUUUUGACUCACAACCUAAAGGAAAAUAACUACUGAGUAAACAAAGAAUAAAAAAUAAUGUUAUUGGUGAAA